AGUAGACGAGCAACCCCUGAAUAAAACACAACAAGUCAAAACUGAAGCCAGCUUCUGAUUAACUAGAGCAGCGCUUAAAAAUUAUAUAGAGCGCAUUUCAACGAGGGCGAACAAACUCUGCGUGCGUGUGUUUAUGUGCUUGUGUGCAAAAUUUUAAUUUAAUUCACUAAAGAAACCAACUCUAUUAUAAGUACUUUCUUGCCUUGCGUAUACGCCACAUAAACGUACUUUUGUAUGCUAUAAAACAAUUGCGAUUUUAAUUGUGUGUGUGUGUGUGUGUGUGUGUGUGUAUUACACUAAAUAAUUAAGCGACAUCAGUAAAAAGGAAAACAAUUGCAAUUCGUUCUGACUUAGCGUGCUAACACCACAAUAUGUCAUUCGAUAUAGCUAUUGCGGAUCAGAUGCGCAUUGCAUUAAACUAUGUCAAGUUCAAGACAAAGCAGCAGCGACUGCGCAGCAAGGAUAAGGUGGUGGCAGACACCGUUUAUGGCAAGGUGAAGGGCGUCAAGUGGCGCUCGAUUUAUGGCAACAACUACUGCAGCUUCGAGGGCGUUCCCUUCGCCAAGCCCCCGCUGGGAGAGCUGCGCUUCAAGGCGCCCGUCGAGCCAGAGCCUUGGUCCGAGAUCAAGCGCUGCACUCGGGAGCGCUCAAAGCCCUGCCAGGUGAACUUGGUGCUAAACCAAGUGCAGGGCAGCGAAGACUGUCUAUAUCUCAACGUUCACACAAGAGACCUGCAUCCACAAAAGCCUAUGCCUGUUUUGGUCUGGAUCUAUGGCGGCGGCUUUCAAAUGGGGGAGGCCUCGCGUGAUCUCUACAGUCCAGACUACUUUAUGAUGGAGCAUGUGGUGUUAGUCACCAUCUCUUACCGCGUGGGCGUGCUGGGCUUUCUCACACUGGACGAUGAGCAACUCGAUGUACCUGGCAAUGCUGGCCUCAAGGACCAGGUGCUCGCUUUGCGCUGGGUCAAGCGUAAUUGUCACUUUUUUGGCGGCGAUCCAGACAACAUAACCGUUCUUGGAGAGAGCGCGGGCGGCGCAUCCACACAUUAUAUGAUGCUGACCGAACAAACACGUAAUCUCUUUCACAAAGCCGUGCUCAUGUCGGGCUCAGCGCUUUCGUCCUGGUCGAUGACGCCCAAAAAUAAUUGGGCCUAUCGCCUGGCGCAAGCGACUGGCUUCACGAGUCCGCCGAAUGAUCGCAAUGUACUGAACCAUCUGCGUAGCUGUAAGACAAGCAGCAUGCUGCGCAUGGCCGAGGAGAUCAUUACCAUGGAGGAGCGCCAUCAGCGGAAGCUAAUGUUCAGCUUUGCGCCAACCGUGGAGCCAUAUGAAUCGGCGCACUGUGUGAUACCCAAGCCACCGCUGGAGAUGAUGCGCAACUGCUGGGGCAACGAGAUACCCAUGAUAGUGGGCGGCAACUCUUUCGAAGGCCUUCUCGUCUUUCCCGAGAUUCGCAAGUGGCCAGGGCUGUUGUGCGAACUGGGCGACUGCGAGUUUGUAACUCCCGAGGAUGCCGGCCUCAAUGUGGAACAGCGUCGUGCCUUUGGCAAGCAGCUAAGAGCCGCCUACUUUGGCGACAAGCAACCCAGUCUUGCGACUUUGCUGGAAUACUGUGAUCUCUGCUCGUACAAAUAUUUCUGGCACAGCAUACACCGCACGCUGCUGUCACGCGCCUUGAAUGCCCCCAAGGUGCCAACAUAUUUGUAUCGCUUCGACUUUGAUUCAAAGCACUUUAACAUAAUGCGAAUUAUCACCUGCGGCCGCAAGGUGCGCGGCACGUGUCAUGCCGACGAUUUGUCCUACUUGUUCUACAAUGCGGCAGCCAAAAAACUAAAGCGCCGCACAGCCGAGUUCAAGACCAUAAGACGGCUGGUCUGCAUGCUAGUGCAGUUUUCUGCAACCGGUAAUCCCAGCACACCGCUAGCCGCGCAAGACACCACCGAUGACGAGAAACCGGCUCAGCCCUGGCUGCCCAUAUCACAAGAGGAUGCGGUGUUCAGGUGUCUUAACAUUUCGCACGAUGUUCAGGUGAUGGAUUUGCCCGAAGCCGAUAAGCUGCGUCUCUGGGACAGCAUGUACUUGGACAAGCGUCUGUUGUACUAGGCCCUAACGUCAUAUGCAGCCGUCGUUCGCGUUAUCUCUGCUCUACACUAGGCUAGUAAUCCGGACCGACGGACUGGUCAGCGAGUUGCCCAGAGGUGGCCUCAAAAGCGCAGCCCCAGCGCAAAUCUGUUUGUAAAUAGAGCUCUCUAUAGCCAAGCUAUCGAAAGUAAACAAACACAUGCACAAACUUGUAUGUUAUAUACAGAAUCACUUUCACAUUCGCAUAAUUCACUUACCACACAUUGAACUAGAAAAAGAGCCUUCAAUUUUUUGUGGCCGCCUUGGGCUAUUUAUAUGCUAUUUGCAAUGUUAUCAAAUGGCAAUAUGCAAACACAGCAUAGAAUUUGUACAAAGUUUCGGAUAUUUAAACCUAUUUUUUAUAAACUAACAAGCUUAAGAGGAUAUUUUUUAUUAAAUAUGAAAAGUGCAAUCAACUAAUAUUU